AUGGGCUGCCCGGACCCAUAUGGGAGGCAACUCAAUGGAAUGGGAGGUGGCAUCUCGUCGCUCAGCAAGGCCAUGAUAGUUCAGCCAUCGACCCAAUCCGAUGUUGACGUCGACUACACUUUUUUCCAAAUAGGCGUGAAAGAUGGCAAAUUGGAUAUGGCAGGUAAUUGUGGCAAUUUAAGCGCCGCGGUCGGGCCAUUUGCACUGAAUGCAGGCAUUUAUCGAGGAGUUCCUCCGACUCUGGUUCAGAAUGAAGAAGAUGGGGACGGUAGCCGAAUAACCAUGAGAAUGAGAAACACAAAUACCAAGAAAAUCAUCGAGUCUACCUUCCAGGCCUGUUGGAUUAACGGAUUCUGGCAAUAUAUGGAACUGGGCCAUUGCUCCAUUGAUGGCGUUCCCGGGACUGGUUCGACCAUUACUUUGUCAUUUCUCGACCCGGAAGGAUCCAAAACCAAUAGCGCAUUGCCAACCGGAGGGGCGGUUAACCAAAUAGAAGUCGGAGACCAAGUCAUCCGAGCGUCUCUCAUCGAUGUCGGCAAUCCGGGGAUCUUCAUUGAUGGCAGGGAUGUUGGUUGGAAGAGAGGAGCUUCCCCGGACGAAAUGAAUGCCAAUCAGGAACUUCUCGACCGGCUAGAGAUCAUCCGCCAAAAGGGCGCGGAAAUGAUGGGUCUGGACCCUAAAAUCAGCAGUAUCCCUAAGAUCGUGCUCCUAUUUCCAUCGAGUGAUCAUGCGAUGGACAUUACAUGUCAGGCUCUCUCCAUGGAACAAGCUCACAAAGCUGUCCCGGUGACUCUGGCUCUCAAUCUGGGCGUUGCCUGUAAAAUCGAAGGAACCAUCCCUUUUCAAUUGUCGAAACACUUACACCCUUCCAACACCAUCAUCGGCCAUCCAUCGGGAAACUUGGAGGUGGGAGCAGAUAUCGAAGAUGGCAAGAUUUUGAGCGCCAAACUGAUCCGAACGGCCCGAUGUCAUAUGGACGGCUAUGUUAAUAUACUUUCUGAUGUCGAAGCCCCUGAAAGUCUAGGCUGA